AUGCACGUAGCAUGGGUAGUGAAAGCAUUACAGCUCACCACAGAUGCAGGUAUCGACCAGAGCACAUCGAUGAUAUGGCAAGUACAGAGCAAAUUGCCAGACAUUGUGAAGGAUAUGCUCAAAAACAAGGAGUACAAGAAGUGUGAGGAGUUCACGAAAGCAGUAACAGAGUUGAAAGGAAGCAGGCUAGUAGAGAAGCAAGAACAGCAUGCCAAACAAGCUCAAGAGCUCAGAGCAUUGCGUGCAGACUUAGCUCGAGUGCAAACGGGGCCAGCAGCACAGAACCCAAUCAAAGCCCUACAGAAUCAAUUCAGCAAAGUAUUGCUCAACUUGGCAGCAGCACCAACCACAGCCCUCAGCAACAACAUGUACACACGAGCACUGCAAUCAUUGAUGGUGACAGAGGAGUUGAAAACCAAGAUCCGACAGUUGAUCCAAGCAUCACUGCACCACCCAGACAAUGCAAUGGGACAAGCCGCAUAUGCAGCGCAACUCUCACAGUGGAAUGUGACAUGGGGAGAGAACACAUGGGUUAUGCAAGAGACAGAAUACCCACUAAAGCUGGAUAUAGCAGCCAUUGUGUCCAGUGAGUGCUUUGCUUGUGGAACCCAUGGGCACAAUGGAAGAAACUGCCCAUUACUGGUUGACCAUGGGGAAUGGCUAAUACAUAAGGAGUUAGCGUGGAAAGCAAUCACCAGCAAAGUAUUAGGUGCACACAACAGAGCAACAGCAACACCCAUAGCACUCGUCAUGAACAGUGAAUAUGAGGAGAUGCAAGCGUGGAUUGAAGAGAUUCCAGAGCAGCAGGGAAAAGCAGACAGGUCGGUGUAG